AUGGAAUCACCAGAAUUACCAGAAUGUCCGGUGUGUCUAUCAACCUACAAUGGCGAGUGCACAAUCCCAAGAGUACUAUCAUGUGGACACACAACCUGCGAGUCAUGUCUGAAAAGCAUCCCACAGAAAUACCCUCUUACCAUUCGCUGUCCUGCAUGUACACAACUUGUCAAGUACCCAUCACAGCAAGGCCCGUCUUCUCUGCCUAAAAACAUUGAUCUCCUAAGACUGGUGCAGCAACUGCAAGAUUGUAAUCCCCAAAAACCCAAGAACAUAUCUCAAAUUGACAAACCAGUCCUUGCUCAAGACUUUGACUUUUUUGUGCCUCCUUCGUGGUCCGAUGAGUUUUAUACUUCUUGGAAGAAUUGGGUUCUUGCUAGUGAUGAUGUUUUUGUUGAGGAUAAAGAGAGAGGAUAUGGAUUGUUAAAGGAAGGGAAUAAAAAGGUGAAGGUGAAGCUUUUUAAGGUUGGCAAUGAUGGUCGUUUGUUGAGUGGUGAAAUGAAAGGUUGUGUUUUUAAGUUGAGUUAUGUUGCAAAGGUUAUGAGUUUUUUGAAUGGGAUGAAGGAGGAGGGGAGAGAUGAAUUGGGUUUGCUUUUGAGGAUUUGUGCUAAACAAGACAGGAUUUGUAAAGGUUAUGGUUUGUGGGGUGAUUUGGAAAAUGGGGUUUUGUAUUUUGUGUGUGAGAGACUUAAUAGGAAUGUUUUGGAUAUGUUGGGUGAUUUCGAGAAUGGUUUGUCUAGUUUUGCAAUGAUGGGAAUGGAAAUGUGCGAGGCUGUGAUUGGAUUGCAUUUGGAAGGGCGAAUUGUGGGAAGUUUAGGUGUUUCUUGCUUUGAGUUGGAUGAUUUUGGACAUGUGAGUCUAAGUUUGGGUGAGGCUUUGGUGAUGGGAAGGGUAGUUAGCGAGGGGGUUAUGGGACUUGGUUCUGGUGGGAGAAAGAUUAGUUUUAAAGAACUGGGGAUAUUGGUAGGUGAAUUUUUGAAGAAGGAGAUUUUUGUGAGCCCAGAGGUUUUGUUUGGGAUGUUGAAGAGAGAGGGUAUAGAGGUAGAUUGUGGUAGCUUUAGAUAUUCGAUUAACAUUGGCUCUGAUAUUUGGGCAUUAGCUUGUACUGCCUUCAGAAUCCUUAUUGGGAAACAAUUCUCCAAGGAGCUAGCCGAUUAUGUGCAUUCUGUCAUUUCAAAAACUAGUGAAGACAAUGGUUUGGACUGUUCAGGUCUUUUCUCUGGUUUGAUAGAGAAAGUGAGAUCUUUGUUGGAAAGUAAAACUGGUGAAGAAUUGAAAUCAAUGCAACAGAUUCUAUGCGGGUGUUUGAGUUUUGAUCCAGGGCACCGCCCUCUUGUGAUUGAUGUGUGGAAUUGUCUUAGGGACUUGAUUAUUAGACAUCAGCUGGAUACUUCUGUUAUUGGAUUGAGUGGGGCUAUCCACGAGGGGAACAAGGAACAUUUGCAAGUUCUUGGAGAACUAUGCUGGGUGCCCAAGAGAAGAUCGGUUCUUAAGAAAGAUGAUUCAGCAGAAAACAGCAGUGGAGAAAACCAAGAUCAAGAUGAGGACGUGAGAUUUGAUAAAGAUGUUGUGGAAGCUGUCGUGGAGGAGAAGGUCAAGUUCAAAGAAAUGCAGGGCCAUCUUGAUAGUGUUACAGGAUUAGCCAUUGGAGGUAUAAAACUUUACUUUACGCUCUUAGAUUGCAAGUUAUGCGCUUCAUUUAGUUACUUUCCACUGGAGAGAGCUUAA